AUGGUUGUCUUGUCGGAUACGGAGAAAUAUGCAAGAGCUGUAGCUGUCUUUGAGCCGCUUAUUGAGAAACUUUGCACCCUAUCUACAAUUGAUUACUACCAGCAAAUGAGCAAGUGGAAGGCUGUGAUCGAAAAAGACAUUGCUGAGAGUGGUGCUGAGACGACAUCAGCGACAACUGUAGCUCAGGGUGACAGUGAUUCCGAUAGUUUUCUCGAUCAACUAGAUUAUGCGGACGCAAUGGCUAUAAUCGAGGCGGAACAGGGGCUGGCUAUGGAAGUAGGAUCGCUAGGUGGGAGGGCGAGCGCACAGAAACUAUUGGUUGCAAGUGGAAGUACUGUAUCCCAAGCUAACUGGUCGGAAGUCUCACCGAGGCAAUCCUCUUUUGCACUCUCGUCACUUUCCUCAAAAGCUCAUGUGGAAUUGUCUGGGUGUAGAUGUGAAGAAGAGAAAACCGCAGUAAAAAGAGAAACGGUGAGCAGUAACGCAGUCAAAAAGCGUGGGGUGGACGUGAUGCGGUUGCCAACUCCAAGACCUCGGACACGAAAGAAGCUGAAACAGGGGUGGAUCACGCCUUAG